UUUGGUCGGGGGGGCGGGAGGGGGGGUCUCUGUCUUGCUCCAUUGGUGUCAAUACAAAAGAGGGAGCCGAGCGCAGCGCAGCGCGGGGAGACGAAGCGAGCCUCCUGCUGAAUCAGGGACAUGGACAUGAAGAAAAGGAUCCACUUAGAGCUGCGGAACAGGACGCCCUCCGACGUUAAAGAACUCGUUCUUGACAACUGUAGGUCAAAUGAAGGGAAAAUUGAAGGCCUCACAGAUGAAUUUGAAGAGUUGGAAUUCUUAAGUACAAUCAACGUAGGCCUCACCUCAGUUGCAAACUUACCAAAGUUAAACAAACUUAAGAAGCUCGAGUUAAGUGACAACAGAAUCUCAGGAGGACUGGAAGUAUUGGCAGAAAAAUGUCCGACCCUCACACACCUAAAUCUAAGUGGCAACAAAAUAAAGGAUCUCAGUACAAUAGAACCCCUGGAAAAGUUAGAAAACCUGAAGAGUUUAGAUCUUUUCAAUUGUGAGGUGACUAACUUGAACGACUACAGAGACAACGUCUUCAAACUCCUCCCACAACUCACGUAUCUGGAUGGCUACGACCGGGAUGAUAAAGAGGCCCCCGAUUCAGAUGCUGAGGGCUACGUGGAAGGCCUCGAUGAUGACGAGGAAGAUGAAGAUGAAGAGGAAUGUGAUGAAGAUGCCCAGGUCAUAGAAGAUGAGGAGGAGGAGGAAGAGGAGGAGGAGGAGGAAGGAGAAGAGGAGGAUGUAAGCGGGGAAGAGGAGGAGGAUGAAGAAGGUUAUAAUGAUGGUGAAGUAGAUGAUGAUGAAGAGGAGGAUGAAGAGGCUGACGAAGAAAGGGGGGAGAAGAGAAAACGAGAGGCCGAUGAUGAAGGAGACGAAGAUGAUUAAAGUCAAUAUAAUCUAUUUUGGGGUGGGGGGACAAAUUUCCUAUCGUGAUUUGACUGUUCCUACCCUGUAUUUCACCCCCUCCCCAGAGUGUAAAGUUGCUGUGGGAUCGAGAAGGAAAUGCAUAAUUGUGUGGGUGAGGGAAUUUAAACUUCCUCUUUUUUUUUUUUUUUUAAAGAACUGCCACUCCUAUUCUUUGUUUCUGAAGAAUUUCCUUUUGUGUCUGUUAUUAGUUCCUGUUAAUGCACUAGCAAAUAUAAAGCAAGUGGUGAAUUUGUUUUUUCUUGGAGUGGAACAUCCUGGACACUUUGGGUUGUUGUUUUUUUAAAAAGUUUUUUUUUUUAAAAAAAAAAAAAAGAUACGAGCAAGAAAAUUUCCAUAUGUGAUGCAAAGGUGGCCGGAAUGGAGAUGGUGGUGAGAUCUUUUGGGUCCUUGGAAUCAGUGGCUUUUGCCAGUCUCUGAGCAUAUUGUAAGUAUUUUUUUUCUUCUCUUCUGGAUGCAGCAAAAUUUGCAGUGAAAGCAUUCCAGCCACAGCAGCGAGAGUGCAAACAGCAUCUUGAUAAAGUGUUUCCUUUGUUGCCUGUUUGUGAAUGGCUGCCGUUCCCAGAAAACCCUUCCCCUCCACUUCCUGUAGGUAACUUUUUACUUUGCUGUUUGUAAAUAGUGACCAAAUAUGUAAUCCCCCCUCUGCCUUUAUUUCUUUUUGAUUUGGUUCGUGGGAGUGAUUUUGGAAUUUUUUAAUUUUAUUUUUAAACCCCUUUUAGAGCACAGCCCACUGGAAAGUUCUCCUUGAACGGGAGCUCGCAUGAGCGUGGCAAGUCUCUUGCAUAGCUCACACUCCCUGUUGGGUCGUGGCCUUUUUAUUUCAGGUAUAUGGAAAAGUUCUCUGUAAACGGCAGUCAUUGAAAUAUCUAUAAAUAUAUAUAAAAAGUGUUCCUAAUUUCCUGAGUUAACUGGUGAAAUGAAUUUGACAGUUGUAAUAAAAAAAGAAAAUGUUUGAACCCUUUUAACUAAGGUGUGUACUAUUUUGGUCUGUAAAAUAUUAUAUAUAUAAAUAUAUUAACACCUCCUUGAUAUCAAGUGAUGAGAAUCUGUUUCCACUUGUGCUCUAUAAUACUCUGAAGAUUUUUACAAGCCUUUUAAAUACCAGAGGGGACAAUGCAGCAUGUCUAGCCUAGGCUGGUUUCUUUUCAUACACUCAAGCACGGAAUGCUAAUACAAAAGUUGUAUUUUCUUACCUAGUUGCAAAGUCAGUAAAUUGACUGCAAAGUACCUAGCUGAAUGUACAGUUUUAAUUUCAUAUCCUUCUUUAAAGAUAGCAUUAGAAGUGACUUGUAUCCUAGUCAAUAUCUCAUCUGUGUAUAAAUUUUUUAAAAGAAAACAUUGCGACCUUCCCUCUCGCUCCCCAAAGAGCCAAACUUUUUGAGUUUUAUGUCUUGUUUGUCAAUGAUGAAUUUCAAUAAAUCUUUUUAUACAA